AUGUUACAGGAAAAUUCUAGCUCCUUCGCCGUUCUACCUUGGUCGAAACUGAGAUCAAAUCAUACCUAUAAGCAGUCCUAAAAAAGGAGGAAUGAUCCUCCUUAAAAAUGAAUUGAUUUUCUGAAUAAGUGGUCAAUAAUCUGUUUAAAAUUGCUAAACAUUCGAGUCCAGAUUAUGCGGAAGAAGCUCCUUAGUCGCGAAGCCUUAUCAGCAGCUGUAGGGCAUAAGCCACGGUCAAGGAUCCGUGCACCACCGCCUGAUUCAUCCCCUGUGAUUCGAGUAUCAAAUCACAUGGUUCAGUUGGGCCGCCCGAAAGAGGGCCCAAAACCUCGGCAGCUGCUAUCUCUGCCCCCAUUUCCAGGCCUCCAUUUGCCUGGAAGGAACUCGACAUCGGCUGCGUAUGUCACUGCCAUUAGCUGGCUCAGAUACUACUUCAAUGACAUCCCUCCACUCGUCAUUCAGAAGCAUUUUUAUCAAGGCCUAGUGCGGAGUACAAGUGGUCUGUCAAGAUGCUAUGAAGGACAAGCAAUGUCCUUGAAGAAGAUUAGACCUAAUGACAUCAUGGAGGUGGGUGCUAGAGUUCACGUCCCAGUAUCUGUUGCUGAAAGUAAAGUCUCAAAAAGGUUUGAUGUUAUACCAAGUGCAACACAGUAUCCAAAUGCGGAUGAGAUUGAAUACAUACAGAGACUUGUGAAGUACAAGGACUCUGCUAUACUGGUGUUAAACAAACCUCCUAACUUGCCUGUAAAGGGACCUGUGCCAAUUCACAACAGCAUGGAUGCCUUGGCUGCUGCAUCGUUAUCGUACAAUUAUGAUGAGGGCCCUAAGUUGGUAUGUCGACUUGACAGAGAGAGUAGUGGUCUCCUCCUAAUGGGAAGAACGAAGGAAAGCAUUUCCUAUCUUCAGUGUUUGUUCAGUGAUAUGAAAAAAACAAAGUCCUUUCCUAAGGAAUGGAAUGAUGCUUGUGAUGCCACCUAUCAGAGAUAUUGGGCAUUGGUCAUCGGUUCACCCAAGCAAAAAGAAGGCUUAAUUUGCGCUCCGCUGACAAAGGUUAUUCUUGACGAUGGGAAAACCGAGAGGGUCAUUCUAGCUCAUAAUUCAGGAUUAGAAGCUUCUCAAGAAGCAAUAACUGAAUAUCGUGUGCUUGGCCCUGUUAUCAAUGGAUGUUCAUGGAUUGAAUUGCGACCACGUACGAACUGCAAACAUCAGUUACGAGUUCAUUGUGCUGAAGCUCUUGGCACUCCAAUCGUAGGUGACUACAAAUACGGGUGGUUUAUUCAUAGUAGAUGGAAGCAGCUCCCUAGGGUAGACUACGAGGCCACAACUGGAGAACCUUACAAGAUGCGGAGGCCCGAGGGUCUGGACGUCCAAAAAGGUAGUGUCUUAUCUAAAGUUCCUCUUCUGCAUCUACAUUGUAGGGAGAUGGUGCUGCCCAACAUUGCUAAGUUCAUUGAGCUUCACAACCGGCGGUCGAGAAUCAGUUGUGGGGAUCCUGAGGAACGCGAUAUCCUCCGUUUCGUUGCCCCAAUGCCUUCUCACAUGAAAAUUAGUUGGAACCUCAUGUCCUCUUAUUUGGUAUGACGACUGGGAUUUGAUUGGGAUUUGUGGUCUCAUAAUUUUGAAGGCAUGCAAAUUCUCCCUUCACGGAUAAGAAAAAUUUAAGCGCAGACAAUGUUGGAAAAUGAGGAUGGGAGAAAUUGGAAUGGAGAAGAGGAAGAAGAAUAGAAAACGAAAGAGAACUACCACAACUACUUCCUUCUUGGAAUUGUGUGUGUAAUUAAGAGCAGAUGGCCCC